AGUGCACCUGCCUUCCCCACUCCCUACCCCAUAGCCUGGUGAGGGCUAUAUAAAUCCCCGGGGUAGCUCUCACUAACCAUCAUUCGCUCACUAGCGCUCCAAGUAAAGGGACCAAAGCCCAAAGCAUCCUUAAACAUUUUUAAAAUCACAAAUCACAAAUAAAAUCAGUUUUCGCUAAUUGCGAAGUGUUUCCUCGUGACAUUAUCAAAACAAAAAAAAAUAUCAACAAACAAAGAUGGCCACCACCAUGAGCCACGUGUUCGAGUACGAGAACGAGUUGAACGACAACCUCUACAACCUCAAGUUGUCGGGUGACAACAAGAGGAUGAGCAACGCCAAACGUCUCAGGAAGUUGUUGAAGCCACUGCUCCGUCUGAUGAGAAAGAAGAACUCAAUAUUCACGAAAAUCCAUCAGAAGGCCGAGCCACAGCAGGAGAUCUUCACCGAGGAGGUUGACAAUCAGAACAACAGCAACGAAGCACUGGAACAACGUCUUCUCGCUGAUCUAGCAAGUGCUGAGGAGGGAGCUGCCAUCACAGUGUGCCUCGAUGGUCAAAUGACAGUUGUGCCUGUGGUUCCUGGUCAGUGCUAUGUGCCAGUUCACUUUGCCCAUACCUGCGCUGGUGAUUUCUACUGGACAACACUCGCCAUCACGGACAGUGAUCUCUGCUACAAGGAGUGUGCAUUCUCCCAAAAUCAACUACCCGAGAUGCAAGUUGCAUGAGAACUGGAUUGAUGACUAUUGUGAUUCUACCUCAUUAAUCCACAAUUGGAACUUGUGGAGAUUGGAGAUGUCAGCGUACCACCAUCGAGUGAUGGGUGAUUCCUGUAUCCUGAAUUCGCCAACUGUGAUUGAUAGUUGAUAGAAGUUGAAGUUCAGCCUGAAUAUUGCUCAAAUAAUUUUCAUGGCACAUGAUGUUGAUUCACUAGACUCAUUCAAUUUUGAAUAUAUUUUGCGGAAAUAAAUCCGCAUUUGUGAUAUUGUAUUAGAGUCGUAGGAUAUUUUUGUAUAAUGUGAUAUGGGCAGUUGCUCAAUUAUGUCUUCCAUUUGAAAGAAAAUACAUUUUAUAAUUAAUUCCUAAUUUACUAUUGUUAUUUGACAUCCUAGUCCUCUAGUUAUUAAGAUUCCACAU